UCCUACGGAUAUAUUUUGGAGCUGGACCUUAUGAAAGCGUGACUUUCUUGACAGAUUUAAAGAUGUCUCUGUUUUGAAGGACAUAUUCAUGUCUUUUUAAAUACGUUCGGUCUUGAAUAUAUCCAGGACGGUUCUGCUGGAUAUAACCACCCACUCUUCCUGCCUCCUGCUGUUUAAUGUUCACCGUGUUACACCCACACAACAUUUCUCCGUUAUAUGAUUUGCUAAUGCUCCUCCACCAUGGCUCCCCCGAGGCUUUGUUUCAUCCCGAGGAAGAAGCUUGGAACAGACGCAGAUGUUAAAUAUGUGUGAUAGGACGUUUCGCACAUUCAGCAGGAUGAUGUUGGCUCGCUGUCUUUCACAGGGGAGAUGUUUUAUGAGAUGCAGGGUGAGUCGUCAAGUGAGGAGACACUACAGCUUCCUUCCAGAUGACGUCAAAUCACUGCGGGCUGUGGUCAACCCCGAUGUAUCCAAGAUCCGAAACAUUGGCAUCAUGGCCCACAUCGACGCAGGAAAGACGACAACCACAGAGAGGAUGCUUUAUUAUUCUGGCUACACACGGGCCCUGGGAGACGUAGACGAUGGCGACACAGUCACAGAUUUUAUGGCUCAAGAGAGGGAGCGUGGCAUCACCAUACAGUCGGCAGCAGUCACGUUUGAUUGGAGAAGUCAUAGAAUAAACCUUAUAGACACCCCAGGACAUGUUGACUUCACUCUUGAGGUGGAGCGGGCGCUUCGUGUUCUUGAUGGGGCCGUUGCAGUAUUCGAUGCUUCUGCCGGUGUUGAGGCUCAGACUCUGACUGUGUGGAGACAAGCAGAGAAGCACCACAUUCCCUGUGUUUGUUUCCUGAAUAAGAUGGAUAAACCUGCCGCCAACCUGAGUUUUUCCAUGGAGAGCAUAAGACAGAAGCUGAAAGCCAACCCAGUCCUCCUGCAGAUCCCUGUUGGCAGCGGCAGGAACUUCAUGGGUGUGGUUGACCUGUUGACCAACCAGAAGCUGAUCUGGAAGCUAAAAUCUAUAGGAGACAAAUCUAUAGGAGAUGAUGGACGAAUGUUUGAAAGCAAACCUCUCGACCAUUCUGAUGAGCCAGAACUCCUGCAGGAGGUCAAGGAGGCCAGGGCAGCUUUAAUUGAACAGGUUGCUGAUUUGGAUGAUGAGUUUGCUGAACUGUUGCUAACUGAUUUUAGUGACAGUUUUGAUGCAGUUCCUUCAAUCAAACUACAAGAGGCUGUGCGGCGGGUGACUCUGGCUCGUAAAGGCGUCCCAGUUCUCUGUGGGAGCUCUUUGAGGAACAAGGGUGUACAACCUCUUUUAGAUGCCAUCGUUGCCUACCUGCCUGCCCCCAGUGAACGGCACCACGACCUGGUGCGGUGGUACAAAGAUGACCUAUGUGCUCUGGCCUUCAAGGUUCUCCAUGACAAGCAGCGUGGUCCUCUGGUGUUUCUCAGGAUUUACUCUGGUACUCUGAAAUCCCAGACCGCCGUCCACAACAUCAACAGGAACAGCAUCGAGAGGAUGAGCAGGCUGCUGGUGCCGUUUGCUGAUCAACAUGUAGAGAUCCCCUCGAUGACGGCGGGAAACAUUGCACUAACUGUAGGACUGAAGCAGACAGUCACAGGGGACACCAUCGUCUCAUCCAAGGCUUCAGCAGCAGCUGCAGCCCGCAGAGCCCACAAUGAGAGUAGCACUGGGAAGAAGCAUGGGGACCAUGCGACCGUGGUGCUUUCAGGAGUGGAGGUCCCUGAUCCUGUCUUCUUCUGCACUAUUGAACCACCCACCAUGGCCAAACAGGCUGAUCUUGAGAAUGCACUGAACAACCUCCAGAGAGAAGACCCCAGUCUUAAAGUGAGGGUAGACCCUGAUUCUGGCCAGACUGUUUUGUGCGGGAUGGGAGAGCUGCACAUCGAGAUCAUCCAUGAUCGAAUCAGAAGAGAGUAUGGCAUUGAAACUCACCUUGGACCUCUACAGGUGGCAUACAGAGAGACUGUUCUCCAUGAGGCCUCGACUACAGAUACACUGGACCGGACAGUUGGCGAGAGAAGACAUGUCGUGACAGUGGAGCUGGCUGUCGGGCCGGCGGACGCGUCCUCUACAACUGCUUCAUGUGACUUAGCAUUCACAAAGGAGGUCGAGGAGAAACUAUCACAGGAACUGAAAGAUGCAGUGGAGAAUGGAGUGCACAGCUCAUAUCUUCAAGGUCCAUUGCUAGGUUAUCCUUUACAGGGUGUAACUACGCUGAUCCAGAACGUCAACAUGGAACCAGGAACUUCUCCAGCCAUGGUGUCUGCCUGCGUGUCCCGCUGCAUGCUUAAGGCCCUGAGGCUUGCAGGAGGUCAGGUCCUGGAGCCAGUCAUGUCCCUGGAGAUGACAGUCAAGGAGGAGCACCUCAGCUCCGUGCUGGGUGACUUAGCCCAAAGACGUGGCACCAUCAGCGACAUCCAGAGUCGUCACGACAACAAGCUGCUGCUAGCAACCGUGCCCUUGGCAGAAAUGAUGGGCUACUCCACCAUCCUGCGAACAAUAACAUCCGGCAACGCCACUUUCUCUCUGGCGCUGGACACUUACGAGACCAUGAACCCUCAGGACCAGAACAUCCUUCUCAAAAGAAUGUCUGGUCUGUUGUGAUUCAUGUUAGCAACUCAAAUAGAUCAGGAACAGGACCAACUGGCUUCUGAGAAAGAGGAACAACUGCUGCCCAAACAGGCUUUUCCAGGUCAUAUCUGAG